AUGGCUUCCAUCAAGGUUUCAACUCUCCUACUAACCUACGCGUUCAUUGCGGUGUUUCUUCAUCCAUUCUUGUGUCGAGGAUCAACGACGAAGAUGAUGACAGCGACGAAUGAAGCAGGAGUUGCAACCAGUGACGGUAAAAUGAUAGAUCAAGGAAUAGCCUACUUGCUUAUGAUGGUCGCUCUUCUCACGACGUUGUGGGGAAUGGAGCGGACACUGCUGACGACGUUGUGGGGAAUGGAGUGGACACUGGCAGAGCUGGUGAAACACUCGAGAUGUUACAAGCCGUUCCCAGAGGAGCUUCAGCGAGUUCUGGCCGAGGAGCCGGAGACGGAAACAAGCAUGCCGCCACUGCUGUACUUGCAGGCGGUGGUGAAGGAGAUGCUCUCAAUGCACUCGCCGAUCCCGCUGUUGGUUCCCCAAAUGAACCUUGACGCGGCGAAGUUCGGUUGGUACGAAAUCCCCAAGCAGACGAAGGUCAUCGUGAACGCAUGGUGA